AUGUCUUCCAAAGAAUAUGAUUUGAUUGUGCUCGGUGCGAACGGCUAUACGGGCAAGAACGUUGUUGAGUAUAUAAGUACGCAUUUGCCCACAGACCUGAAAUGGGCUGUUGCAGGAAGGACACAUUCAAAACUUGCAAGCCUUGUUGAUGAAUUGAAACCCUUGAACCGUGACCGAGUUUUACCGGGCAUCGAAGUAGUCAAAUUGAAGCCAAACGAGCUACAUGCUUUGGUAAAGAAAGCCAAAGUCUUGAUCAACACCGUAGGACCAUACCAUCUGCACGGUACACCAGUAGUGGAAGCCUGCGCAAAUAAUGGAACGCACUACCUCGACGUCACAGGGGAGAGUCCAUGGGUACUCGAUAUUAUUCGCAAGUAUCACGAAACAGCAAAGCAAAACCACGCCAUCAUCAUACCCAUGAUCGGUAUCGAAUCCGCGCCCCCCGACCUCCUUUCCUUCGCUCUCGUCACUCUCAUCCGCUCCCAGUACUCAACCGGAGUCCGCGAGAUUACAAGUGUCCUCCACAAGAUGAAAUCCUCACCAUCUGGAGGCACUCUCUCUACGGCUCUUACAAUUCUUGACAGCUACAGUCUGCCCCAAAUUGCCAAAGCCAACUCAGGCGAUUGGUCCAGCUCGCCCGUUCCACAUCCCAAGUCUCCAUCACGCCCACUACCAGCACAUCGAAGAGGCGUGUUCCGCAAGAACUUCGGCGUUCGCAGAAUUCCCCAUCUCGGCACCUGCACCACCUCUGUCGCUGCGGGCGCCAAUACCAUGACUGUUCAGCGAACAUGGGGGUUGCUCGACAAGGGACAAUUUUACGGGCCCAACUUCCAGUAUCGAGACUAUGCUGUUGUGCGAAACGCGUUUGUGGGAGCCAUCAUCCAUCUUAGUCUCGCGAUUGGAAUUCUAGCGCUUGCAAUACCGCCAUUACGGUGGCUAGCGAAGAAGCUGGUGCCGCUUGCCCCGGGUCAAGGCGCCGCACGAGAUGUGGCGAAGAAGGAUAUCAUUGAGUUCAGGGCCGUGGCGACGGUAGACGAGGACAUGGAGAAGCCGAGGAAGGCGUUUGGGAGGCUGAGGUUUGAAGGAGGUAUGUACUAUUUGACAGGCGUAUUCCUUGCGGAGGCAGCAAUGGUAUUGCUGAAGGAGGAGAAGCUGGUGGAGGAGCUAGAUGGUGGACUGUUGACGCCAGCAAUGCUUGGGCAGGCAUUUAUUGAGAGGAUGACGAAGGCUGGGGUGGUGCUGGAGUUGGAAAUACUACCAGAAGGAGCAGAGUGA